UUUUGUUUUGUUUUUUUUUUCUAUUUUCUGUGUACGUCUCCUUCCAUUUAGGGACUGGUGCAGAUGCUCUCACAUCACAAUAUGCCCCAGCGCUUAAUCCACUGACCAAUGGUGCCUAUGCUGCCGCCACCGCACCUCUUGCGGCAACAGCACUGCAGGCGGCCGCUGCUGGUGUUGCUGGCAAACAAAUUGAAGGUCCCGACGGCAGUAAUCUCUUUAUUUACCAUCUACCUCAGGAAUUUAACGAUACCGAUCUCGCUUCAACAUUUCUACCAUUCGGCAAUGUCCUGUCGGCCAAGGUCUUUAUCGACAAACAAACAAAUCUAUCCAAAUGUUUCGGUUUCGUUUCGUAUGACAAUCCCCAUUCGGCUGGUGCAGCCAUACAAGCGAUGCAUGGUUUCCAAAUUGGCACCAAGCGUCUCAAGGUGCAAUUAAAACGUUCCAAAGAUGCGGCAAAGCCUUAUUAG